UCCAUUUGACUCUCUGUCUCAUUAAGUUUUUUCCCCUCGUGGGGCCAGUGCAGCGUGGCUCGGGUAAUUGCAUGAUGAAUAGAAUUAUAAUCAGAUCCAUCUCACUGACCCCAUAAAGCCAUUCUCUCCCUAACGAUACAGCUCAAACCUCCUGUUCUUUAGGACAUUCCAAGGACAUGGCGAGGAAUGUGGGGCGAGUUUGAAGAGUAACGAAGCUUUUUUGCCUCUUUCCCCAUGUCGCAAGCAUGCGUCUGGUUUUGAUGUAGCUCUCUGUUGGGUUUGAGAUUGAGAGACUUUGGGUUGGAAGAAGGAAGAUCCGUCCUUGAAGAAGGAAUUUGAACCUGACUUCAAGGUUGAUGGCAUUGUUCUUUUAUGAGAACAGAAAGAAAGCUUCAGAUGCGAAGAGGCUUUGGUUUUGUCAUCUGGGUGGCUUUCUCUUUGUGGUCAUUCUCAUCCACGCUCGUGCAAGCUUCAAUACGCUAUGACCCUGAGCUCUUAGAUGCAGUCAUCCACGAAUAUGCCAACAAAACGCUGCAGCAACCGAGAACAGGCGUUGUUUACAACAUCUCCCUCCCUGCCAACUUCUCUGGGAUUGAAGUCUCGAUUGUCAGGCUCAGGAGCUCGAGCUUUUGGGUCAGAGGAUCGAACCUGACGUCUUUCAACAUCCCACCAAGGAUCAUUCCCUUGCCUUAUGCGGAGAGGCUUGCCAUAGUGUGUGAGAACCUCCAGAAUUGGUCUUCUAGUUACUAUGAAGUCCCAGGGUAUAGGCUGGUCAGUCCUGUUGUGGGGUUCAUGAUGUUUGAUGCUUCCAAUUCAAGUGGAGUUGGCAACCAGAUGCUCAAUUUGAGCAUUAAGGGCAACCCCAUUUUGGUGAGUCUCUCUCCAGCUGAGCCAGAGCUGCGGACAUCAAAUCAGUCCGUGCGAUGUGCUGAGUUCAGGCCUAAUGGGUCGGUCGGUUUCAGCAACGUGACUUCACCAAAUGGAUGUGUCGCACGACGUCAAGGUCAUUUUGCCCUUGUAGUUCCAGCUCCAGCCCCGCAACAGAAGAAGAAAGAAGUAAGGUUUUGGAAAUGGUGGGUUGUAGGAUUCGUAGGCGGGUUCCUCGUGUUAGUUUCUGUGAGUUUGAUUGUGUGGGGGACGUACAAGUUAGUGGUAAGGCAGAGGAUCAAGGAAAUGGAGAAAGAAUCUGAGAAGGGCGUCUCUUUCGAUACGGUCUGGAUACGGACAAGUAAAAUGCCUUCUGCGUCGAUGCUCAGAACCCAGCCGAUUCUCGAGGCUAACGAACAUGUUCCAUGACUCUGCAGAUUGAUCCUUCCAUUGGGUUGUUUCCAUAAUUAGGCCUUUCUCUGCUCUUCUCAAGAUGUGCAAAGAAAAACAGGGGGAAAAAAAAGUACACCCUGUACAGAACUUCUCAAUGUGAACGAUAUGAUACCUCAGGAAAUUUCCUAGGAAGACUCUGGGAUGUAGCCAUCAGGGGAAGAAAGGAAGGGAAAUUAACAUAUUGGUUUUGCUUCUU